UUGGGCAUGUUACUAAUACCCUACAAAGCCGAACCUGGUGUUUGACAUUCACACACAGAAGAGGGAAUUUUCCAGAUGGAGCAUCGAAUUUUCACUUGCUUACCUUCACAAACUCAGCAGUCAGCUGUGUGACUGCAGCUUCCGAGCAGAGCAGAGGAGCUCCUGGGAGCUGAGGGGGGGCCUCAGAGUGCCUCCAUAACAUGCAGCCUUGCUACUCCAGGCUGUCUUUGCUGCUGCCAACAUGCUCCAGUUUGCACAGUCUGCUUGCAACCUGCUCUGCAGGUGUCUUGGCAUCACUUUCGUUGUCUGGUUUACCAUCCUGUUUGUCAUCAUAAUUGUGCCAGCUGUGCUCGAAGUCUCCCUGGGGAUUCACCGGUUCUACAUCAGGACACUAUGCAGGGUUUUUGAGCAAUACGUUGGGAUCCUGCUUCCAACAUGAAAAUGUAGGUUUAGGAUUUGAAUGCAUCAACCUUCACUUCAGGGAUUUAAUCUCUGGGGUUUGAACCCCAGGAGGACAGAAUCCUCCAGCAGUGGGAUCAGAGAUUCUGAUGAUAGGAGUGGGCAACUUUACAAAUGGAGUUGUCAGCAAAGCAAAAGAAUAGGCAAUUCAGUAAACCACACACCAAAGGCAUCUUAGCCAAAAGCAAACCACUGUCAGUGCAGGAAAACAUGCAGGAGCUGCGGAGUUCAGCUCACAGUCGGCGUUCAGAGCCACAGUUCGACAUGGGUGAUGUCAUUUACUUCUGCCGGAAAGGAGUGGAGAGCAUUAUGGAUGAUGAAGUGACCAAAAGCUUUUCAGCCCAGGAACUAGAGAGCUGGAACCUGCUCACUCGCAGCAUUCGCCGUUUCCCUCACAGAGGUCUGAGGCUUACAUUCCUGUGGGGUCUGGGUGUACUUAUCCGUUACGGCAUCCUGCUGCCUCUCAGAGUCCUUCUUGCAGUAACAGGAAUUUUCCUGUUUGUGAUCCUGAGCACCUCAGUGGGAUUUCUACCUAAUUCAAAGUUAAGAUUCUUUCUUGGAGAGAAGGUCCAUUUGAUGGGAUAUCGCUUCUGUGUUAAAUCUCUCACAGCUUUCAUCACUUAUCACAACAGUGAGAACAGACCAAAGAAUGGCAGCAUCUGUGUGGCCAAUCACACAACACCCCUGGAUGUGAUUAUCCUGGCAAAUGAUCGCUGCUACUCUUUGGUUGGUCAGGUGCACAGAGGUCUGCUGGGAAUGAUACAAAGAGCCAUGGUGAAAUCCUCUCCUCACAUCUGGUUUGAAAGAGCAGAAGUCAAAGAUCGACAUCUAGUGGCCAAAAGGCUGUGCGAUCAUGCUGCUGAUAAAACCAAACAACCCAUCCUCAUCUUCCCUGAAGGCACGUGUGUUAACAACACAUCAGUUAUGAUGUUCAAGAAGGGCAGCUUUGAAAUUGGGUGCACCAUCUUUCCUGUAGCUAUAAAGUAUGACUUUCGCUUUGGAGACGCUUACUGGAACAGCAGUAAGUUUGGCUUGGUGCACCACCUUCUGAGAAUAAUGAGCAGUUGGGGGCUGGUCUGCAGCGUUUGGUACCUGCCCCCCAUGAACAGAGAGGAAGGAGAAGAUGCAGUGCAGUUUGCAAAAAGAGUGAAGGCAGCCCUAGCUGCUCAAGCAGGAUUAGCUGAUCUCACAUGGGAUGGUGGCCUAAAAAGGACCAAAGUGAAAGAUAUAUUCAAAGAGGAGCAGCAGAGACUUUACAGCGAGAUACUGUUGAGGGACCAUCAAACACAAAAACAGGAAAAAUGUUUUGAAGAUGGAACUCCAGAGGAGGACUAAUCAAAAACAAAAGAGGACAAGGAACGAACAUUGUGUCCUAAUUGUUUUUUUUUUCAUCUUGUAUGAUAAAUUGUAUGAUGACUGAGGAGAUUCUGUCUGAAUUCUUUAGAGUUUGCUGUAAAAAGAAGAAAAAUUGUCAUGUUUAGCUGAAACACAGACGGUCAGGUAUUUAAGAAAAUAUCCAAUUUAUGACCUCAGAUCAUUAGGAAGGGCUAAAAAUGGAUUUGUUCUUUAGGGUCUUCUGUAAUCAAGUCACUCAAAUAGAAAUUUUCUAAUUCUGUGUCAGGAUCCAGUGAGUGUACAGUUGUAAUCAAGCUGGUUUAAGGUUCUGAGACGUCAGCUCGCUCAGUGAUAAGUGGCUCAAGGUCCUAUAUUUGUCCUCUGCUUUAGUCUACGCUGGACAUUGUGAACCAGAGAAAGUGAGAUUAAACUGUCUCGACAGAAAUGUUUGUCCCUGAUCAUGACUGCGUGUGAAACCAUUUUUUCAAAUUAAAAUGUAUGUGGAUUUUCUUUCCUUCUUCAAA